AUGACCAACACCGUGGAGAAUGAGAUCCAACAAGAAGCAAUGACAUGGCUUGGUUGGUGGGAGAUGGACUACAAGUUCACUCUACGUGGUUUCAUUUUCUGGAACUUCAUUUUUCUCCUUGGAGGAGUACUUGCUGGAGCACUUUUGAAAGAGCGCAUGAUCACAUGGUGGAACAAGUUGAAGGAACUUCAUGAUGAGAUGCAGAGGAAGAGACGUGACAUGCACCGCAGAGCUCUAGCAGAACUACAUGCAAGAGACUAUGUCCGGCAGACAACACAGAUGCUGGAGAUGUACAGAGGACAUGUGAGUGAUGACCAAGUUCAACCACCGCAGCUUGAACCCCUUCGAGUCAACAGAGUUCAAGCAGCCUACGACCGCUUCUUGAUAGCCCGAAGCGAAAGACGCGUGCGAGAAAGGCAUGGACCAGAACAUGGACAACAACAAGUGGAUGAAGAUGGUGACGUGCGCAUGAGGACUGAAGAGGAGGAGCAGAACACAAUCUAUGAUUGGUCUCCUACUCAAGCACGAAUGGUGAACUACAGGAUCCUCGAGAAUUCCAGCGACGCUUCAAGUGGAGAAAGCUACUUCCAGAGGACAAGAGAUGGAAGCAGCUAUGUGCGAGAAGCAGCAGCCCAGAACCGCAAGAAGAACCUGUUGACCCAGUUCCAAACAGGUUUGAGGAUUGGGGGGUACUUGUACACCCUCAUCCCGGCAAUCGAGAAGAUCCGAGUUGAAAGGAUCUACGAGGCUGGCUUUUUCCCGGAGUAUUUGUGCAAGCAGUUCCUGCAGCUUUUGGCAGCAAAGCACAACCCAGAGGAACCAGGGCUACAGUUCGACUAUGCCCUGAUGUAUGACAUCUAUGACCGCAACUACCACAAGAUGUUCAGAGAUUUGGUGAAUGGAGAGUACGACCAGACUUGGGACGCAAUUGUGGAGGCAUGGCACAACCGAGAUGAAGAUAGAGAUCAUUUGAUCUUCACGGCCACAGAGCUGGAAGAAUAG